AUGACGCGCUCAAAGACAUUACAAAGUGGUGAAGAAACACAGAGGGUAGUUGACGAGAGGUCGCCUUUGUUGUCGAACACUCGACGGGGGUCGAGUUCGUCAGGUGAGAGCUCUUUGACUUCUUCGUCGUCUAGCGGAGACUCGGACGGCCAAUAUCUUCCAUGGCAUCUCACACGGUCGUCAGAAGUCGUCGAUUCGAGCGUCGAUGUCGAACAAGUAGCACCCGUUACAACCGCCAGCGAUGAUGCAAAAGCUAGAAAGACCUCGACUUGGGCAGUUAUCAAGAUCGUGUCUAUCCUGCUGGUGGGAACUUUCACUGCGAACGCCGAUGGCUCUUUGGUGAUGGCAACGCACCCAACGAUUGCCUCUGAAUUCGAUGAUCUCGAAAACUCCAGUUGGCUCUUCGUAUCUUUCGCGUUGGCAGGAGCGGCAACUCAGACUUUAUAUGGCAAGCUCAGUGACAUUUACGGGCGGCGUGCCCUCCUCAUGGUGGCUUAUACCUUGUUUUCCAUUGGAUGCGCAAUGGUCGGCGUCGGUCGGACAAUGUGGCAAGUCGUGCUUGGACGGGUCAUUUCAGGAUCUGGUGGCUCAGCAUUGAACGUCCUCGGACUGCUCUUGGUGACAGAUCUCGUCCCACUCCGUGACGUGGCUGCAUGGCAAGCAGGUAUCAAUCUGGCCGCAACAGUAGGAAGAAGUCUUGGUGGACCUGUGGGAGGUUGGCUAGCCGAUACCAUUGGGUGGCGAUGGUCUUUCCUCGGCCAGGCACCCAUUUUCCUACUUGCUGUCUUGCUGUGCUGGUUUUUCCUGCCAAAAGGCAAGCAAGUGGGCAAGGGAGAUGAAGGUGCUGAAGCAAGCGGCAAGCCCAUCAACGGCAAAAAGGGCUCUCUGGCGAGGAUCGACUUCCUCGGCGCUGCAUUGUUGGCACUCUUCAUCUUGACCUUUCUUCUCCCGAUUGAGAUUGGAGGUACCAAGAUACCGUGGAGCCACCCGCUCAUCUUCGUCCUUUUUGGCGUAGCUAUCGUGUUUGGUGGGCUCUUUGCCGCCGUCGAGGAGUGGUGGGCCAAGGAGCCAAUCUUUCCCCUGGAGCUGUUGAAGCAUCGCGACAUUAUUCUGACGUACGUCAUUAGCGGUGGUCAAGUCGCAGCUCAACUCGGCCUCAUGUUCUCCGUCCCGCUCUAUUUUCAGGUGACACAGCGUGUAUCCAACACUGUUGCUGGAAUACAUCUCUUCCCCGCUGUCUUUGGGAAUGCCAUUGGUGGCGUCCUUGCUGGAUAUCUGAUCAGAAAAACUGGUCGUUACAAAUUUCUAUUGAUUAUUGCGACGAUCGCAUCGAUGUUCUCCUACUCGCUUUUGCUGCUCCGGUGGCAUGGAGAUACAAAUGCUUGGGAGUCGCUUUACAUCGUGCCUGGUGGAUUUGGGGCUGGCCUGGUACAGUCGGCGGGUUUCAUCAGCAUUCAAGCCGCAGCCAACCCCAAGCACAAGGCCGCAGUGACGUCGGGAAUGUUUUUGACGUUCCAAAUCGGCAUGAUUCUCGGCCUGUCAUGUGUUAGUGCCGUCAUGAUGGAAACGAUGAGAUGGCGGCUGGACGCAUUGCUGGAAGGCAUGGACCUCAGCGCAGUGGUGCGAAAGCAGAUUAUCGCAAAAGCGACGUCGAGCGUUGACUACAUCGAUCAUGCGGAUGGAAAGGUUUCAGCAGCCAUUGUGCAGGCGCGUGUGCGUCUCGAUUUCUCCGCCGCUGAGCUACACGCCUUGGGUAUAACACCCGACAUGGACCCUCGCACGUUAAUAGAAGUGCUCCAGAGACUCCAAACCAGCGUCCAGGAAGCCUCAGUACAGCCACGGCAAGAGCAAAAGAAUCCCUGCCAUAAUUGCCUUGACCGCUAUCACAAGACGAAACAUUGCCCGUUCCCCUGCGGCCACUGCGGCCAGGCAUGGCACAACGUGGACGCCUGCACCAGCUCCAAGCGCAAUCGUUGCCGCUGCAGCCCCUUUCCUCAACGACACCUCGCCAAGCAAUGCCCCAAAAUGUGUACGCCGGGCGAAUGUCCCACCUUUCACAUGGGCGAUGGGAUCACAGCCAUGAUGUGCAAAGCCCGCUGCUGCAUGUGUGGUAUUCCGGAUCACGCCGGUCGCGAUUGUCACCUCAAGAAGUGUCGCUGCGGAGGGCAGCACUUGACAGUCGACCACAUGCCCAUGGAUCGACAGUGUAUUGUGGUGAGCUGCCCGCGGUGGUUCUGCGCCAAGCAUUGCCAGGCCUGCGAGGCCGAGCUGGAGAAGCUCAACGACGAGGUAUGCCAGAGCUGCGGCUCCAAGCAGGAGAUUCGUCCAUCUGUGCCGCGGUCGCACCAAUGGGCGAGUCCUGAUUUUGAAUAUGUGGAUGCAGCGUUGGCAUGGGGCAACAGCAAGUAUGGCAAGGCGAUAUUUGGUAAAGAUGUCGCAUUUUGA